CGGGCAUUUAAAAUUUACUAGUUUAUAGCAAAAAUAUCUAAGUAUUUAACACUGCCUUCAAAAUUUUGAAAUUUUACUUUUAUGAGAAUGCUUUCAAGCUCAGUUCACCUCUUCACCAAAUUUUCAACCAGGCGACUAUCGAAUUUGGUGCCAAAGUAUCAAUUUUCAUGUGUUAAUCGUUAUUAUACCAAAUAUAGUAAAUAUUAUGGAGGGUUCACAGUGUCCGAUAUUGAAAUGAAACGCAUAAAUGCUCUAAAGGAAACUAUGAAAAUACCAGCAGUAAAUAGUCAAUAUUCCUCGGAUAAUUAUCUAAAUGGUUUUAAGAAACAAUUGCAAACUCUUGAAGAUCCUGUAAAAAAAUAUGACCAUUUAAUGGCAUUGCGGGAACAGGACAUAAGCCUGUAUUAUAACUUUCUAUGCAAUAACACUUCUGAGGUAUUGACCAUAUUAUAUGCCGUCGAUAAUAUCAUUCAGAAAUACAGGCGCCUUAUAGUUGGGCAAAAAUUAAGCCAAGUUCUAAUGAAGGAGACCAAGAAGAAACCACUUAAACCACUUAAUACUCCAGAUACUAUAGAAUAUUUGAAAAAACGCAUUAAUGAAAUAAAGAAAAGGGAAUCGGAAAAGGUCAAAAAGGUGGUUAAAUCAUCUGCAAACUGGAUUAAAAAACCUCUAAUGAUAUCACCAGAGAAAUGUUUAAUGGUAUAUCUGAAAACCAACUGAGGCCUUUUCAAAUAUAGGAAAGAACAGAGUGAGCUUCUGUUUUACGUUGUUGAUUUGGGAAAAUGUGAAUUUGGAUCAGGCGUCGUCUUUUUAAUCAAAAUAUAAUAUAAAAUGCAAAAUUUUUAAGUUUACUAAAUUGGUAUGUAUCCCAACAAAUUUCGAGUAUUUACCAAAUUAAUAGGCAGUUUUUUUCAAGUAGAGGGAUUACCGCCAAGGCAUCAAUAUUGUCGAAUAAAUCGGUGUUUAUCAAAUAUUAGCAGUUUUAAACAUUGCUAUAACGACUUGAAAUCAGUGCAUUUAACAGAGCAUAAAAAUACGCAAUGGUGUCAUAAUGGAAUUCACAUAAAGCAUAGCCACAAUCAAGUAAGCAUAAGUGAUAAGUUGACCAUGAUUGAAGUGACUUUGUCGAAAUGCCAGGAUCCCAUUCAAAAAUUCCACUAUUUAAUGGCUUUGCGUGACAGUGAUAUUGAAUUGUAUUACCAUUACUUGUGCGAUAAUACUGUAGAAUGGAUUUCCGUUCUCUAUGCUGUACAUGACAUUAUUCAACAUUUUGGUAAACUUGACGAGUUAUUUCGAAAAAGUAAGCAAAUGUAUUCCGAAACCGUCAAAAAUUCGGAUCAUCGUGAUUUGAGCAAAACUAUUAAAGGAUCUGCAGUUAAUCUAGCUAGGAACCAAUUAUUGCAAGGCGAAGGAAAGCUGAAUGGAAGCGGCGAUGGUUUCCAAAACGUGAAUAAUGUGGACUUGAUUAAUUUCUACAACAUUCAGCGGAAAUUGUCCCAAAAAGGCUGCGUUACAAAUUCGGAAAAAGAAAUGGAGCGAAUAUGUAAGAAACGAGAAAAGGAGAUAAAAGAGUUACAAAGCUGCUUGCACAGCUUUCAAGACGUCUUCGACUACGUGCAUCCAUAUCGCAAACCAUUCCGUGACAAGGGUCUGGCCGUCUUCACCAGCGGUGGCGACUCCCAGGGCAUGAAUGCGGCUGUGAGAGCCUGUGUCCGCAUGGCCAUCUACUUGGGAUGCAAGGUCUACUUCAUCCGGGAAGGCUACCAAGGCAUGGUUGAUGGCGGCGACUGCAUCCAGGAGGCUUCUUGGGCUUCGGUCUCUUCCAUUAUCCAUCGUGGUGGCACCAUCAUUGGCUCCGCCCGUUGCCAGGACUUCCGUGAGCGUGCCGGCCGCUUGAAGGCUGCCAACAACUUGGUGCAACGCGGUAUUACCAAUCUGGUUGUGAUUGGCGGUGACGGUUCGCUGACUGGCGCCAAUCUGUUCCGUCAGGAGUGGUCCAGCCUGCUGGAUGAGCUGCAGAAGAACAACACCAUCACCACCGAGCAGAAGGAGAAGUACAAUGUGCUGCACAUUGUUGGUUUGGUGGGCUCCAUCGAUAACGAUUUCUGUGGCACGGACAUGACCAUUGGUACCGAUACGGCUUUGCAUCGCAUCAUUGAGGCCAUCGAUGCCAUCUCCAGCACGGCGUACUCGCAUCAGCGCACCUUCAUCAUGGAGGUCAUGGGUCGUCAUUGUGGCUACUUAGCCAUUUCCGCAGCUAUCGCUACAGAAGCUGAUUUUAUGUUUAUUCCCGAAGAGCCUGCACCAAUUGACUGGCAGGAACAUCUCAGCAAAAAACUCCUUCAGGAGCGUUCGGCUGGCCAACGUCUGAACAUUGUCAUUGUUGCCGAAGGUGCCAUGGAUCGUGAGGGUCAUCCAAUUACCGCCGAGGAUGUGAGGAAGGUCAUCGAUGAGCGUCUUAAGCACGAUGCUCGUAUCACUGUGCUGGGCCAUGUGCAGCGUGGUGGCAACCCUAGCGCCUUCGAUCGUGUCUUGGCCUGUCGCAUGGGUGCUGAGGCCACGCUGGCUCUGAUGGAGGCCACGCCCGACUCGGUGCCUGUGGUCAUCUCUCUGGACGGCAACCAGACGGUGCGUGUGCCAUUGAUGGAGUGCGUUGAACGCACCCAGGCCGUGGCCAAGGCCAUGAAGGAGAAGCGCUGGGCUGAUGCUGUGAAGCUGCGUGGUCGCUCCUUUGAGCGCAAUUUGGAGACCUACAAGAUGUUGACCCGCUUGAAGCCGCCCAAGGAGUGCUUCGACUCUCAGGGCAAGGGCAUUGAGGGCUACAGGCUAGCCGUGAUGCACAUUGGUGCCCCCGCUUGUGGCAUGAACGCCGCUGUGCGCAGUUUUGUCCGCAAUGCGAUUUAUCGCGGUGAUGUUGUCUACGGUGUCAACGAUGGUGUCGAGGGUCUCAUUGCUGGCAAUGUGCGCGAGCUGGGAUGGUCUGAUGUGUCUGGCUGGGUUGGCCAAGGUGGCGCUUAUUUGGGUACCAAGCGUACUCUGCCCGAGGGUAAAUUCAAGGAGAUUGCUGCUCGCCUCAAGGAGUUCAAGAUCCAGGGUCUGCUGAUCAUUGGUGGUUUCGAGAGUUAUCAUGCCGCUGGCCAGAUCGCCGAUCAGCGCGAAAACUAUCCAGAGUUCUGCAUCCCCAUUGUGGUUGUGCCCUCGACCAUUUCCAACAAUGUGCCCGGCACAGAGUUCUCGCUGGGUUGCGACACUGGUCUCAAUGAGAUCACCGAAAUCUGUGAUCGCAUUCGUCAAUCGGCUCAGGGUACAAAGCGUCGUGUCUUCGUCAUUGAGACCAUGGGCGGCUAUUGCGGCUACUUGGCCACAUUGGCUGGCUUGGCUGGUGGCGCCGAUGCUGCCUACAUUUUCGAAGAGAAGUUCUCGAUCAAGGACUUGCAGCAGGAUGUCUAUCACAUGGCUUCCAAAAUGGCCGAGGGUGUGUCGCGUGGUCUUAUUUUGCGCAACGAGAAGGCCAGCGAAAACUACACCACAGACUUCAUCUACCGUCUGUAUUCGGAGGAGGGCAAGGGACUCUUCACCUGCCGCAUGAACAUCUUGGGCCAUAUGCAACAGGGUGGCUCACCCACGCCCUUCGAUCGUAACAUGGGCACCAAAAUGGCUGCCAAGUGCGUCGAUUGGCUGGCCACGCAGAUCAAGAACAACAUCGAUGCCAAUGGCGUCGUCAACUGCAAGUCCAACGACACUGCAACGCUUUUGGGCAUUGUGUCCCGUCAGUAUCGUUUCACACCUCUGGUCGAUCUCAUUGGCGAGACAAACUUUGACCAACGCAUCCCGAAGAAACAGUGGUGGCUGCGCCUGCGUCCACUGUUGAGAAUCUUGGCCAAGCACGACUCCGCCUAUGAGGAGGAGGGCAUGUACAUUACCGUCGAGGAGGAGUGCGAUACCGAUGCUGUCGCUUAAGCCCGACACAACUGAGAGGAACCACAACAACAAGAGCAACACUAUCCCGCAUAUUUAUCAUGCCCAGUGCACAAACAAUGAUCACACCGCGUAUCAAUCUCAGUGUUUUAUUAUUUUUUUCAUAUAUGCACAUAUAAUUCUUUGAUAACUAAGUCUACUGCGCUGCUGUUGUAACACUCACGUUUGUUAUUCAUUUAUUUAAAAAUGGCAUGCAUACAAUAAUAUUACAUAUAUGUAUACAAUAAAUUUCACAGCUCAGGUCAAA